AUGGAGGGUAACUUGUUUCAAGGAACCAUUCCUUCUACUUUCACUUCUUUGAGAAGUGAUCAAAUUUUGGAUCUCUCUCGCAUCAAUUUGUUGGGAAGAAUUCCAGAAUAUCUUCAGGCUUUUAAACUCUUGCAGAUUUUGAAUUUAUCUAAUUUGGGCCAAUACCCCAACCAGUUAUUAGUCUCCUCAUUAUCAAAUUUGGGCCUACCUCACAACUCUUUGUUAAGUCCUCUUCUAGUGGAAGUUGGAUAUUUGAAGAACCUUGGUUACUUAAAUGUUGGCGAGAACAUGUUAUAUGGUGAAAUCCCUGACACUCUUGGUAGCUGUGUAUUAUUGGAAAUACUAUCUAUGGAGGGUAACUUGUUUCAAGGAACCAUUCCUUCUACUUUGGAUUUUUUGAGGGGUAUUCAAUUGUUAGAUCUUUCUCGCAACAAUUUGUCGGGAAGAAUUCCAGAAUGUAUUGAGAAUUUUAAAUUCUUGCAGAUUUUGAAUUUAUCUAACAAUGAUUUUGAGGGUGCAGUACCAAUAAAAGGUAUCUUCACAAAUGCAAGUGCAAUUUCAGUUGAGGGAAAUAGCAAACUUUGUGGAGGUAUUCCUGAAUUGCAAUUGUCUAAAGACAAAAAAAUAUCUUUCUUCAGUUUCACUAAGAAAAUCACUCUUGAGAGUGUCUUUUCAAACAAUGCUACUGGUGGGUUCUCUCUAGAAAAUUUGAUUGGUGUUGGUAGUUUUGGGUCGGUGUAUAGGGGAACUCUUGAAUAUGGUGCAACAAUUGUUGCCGUGAAGGUACUCAACCUCCAACGUCAUGGGGCUUCCAAAAGUUUCAUAGCCGAGUGUAAGGCCUUGAGGAACAUCAAACAUAGGAACCUUGUUAAGGUACUCACUGCAUGUUCAGGUGUUGAUUAUCAAGAGUAUGCUAUGGGAAGUAAGGAGUCAACAGAGGGAGAUGUGUAUAGCUAUGGGAUUCUCUUGUUAGAAAUGUUCACGGGAAAGAGACCCACUGAUGACAUGUUCAAAGAUAGUUUGAACCUUCAUAACUUUGUUAGGCUAGCUUUGCCUCACCAAGUGGCAGAUGUUGCAGAUCCAAUGCUCUUUCGAGGAGGAGAAGAAGAGACUAGUACCCAGUACGAGUACGGCAACUUUUCGAAGUACCCGUACUUCAUAGGUGAUGAUGCAAUUUAA